CUUUCUGGGAUCAGGAUGAGCAGCCCGUGUCUGUGCCGUGCUGUACCUGUCAGCAGCCAGACUCGGCUGCGGGAGGUCAAGCUCAGCCUGAAGACCAGCAGAGAGGCCAGCACCAUCCGGCCCAAUGUGGUUGCCCGGGAGAUCAGCAGCCGGGCGUUUUCUACCACUAAAGAGGUGCCCGUCCGGGUCAGCAUGACCCCCAGCCGGAGCAGGAGUACCCCUCCAGUCUACAGAGCCCAGCGUCCCGACAGCAAGAGAGGUCCCAAGACUAACGGCCACAAACCUGAGCAUCUACCUGAGAGGAAUGGAACCCAUUUGGACGUCCCAUCUCCAGGAGCCCCCUUCACAGUAUCUCCUUAUUCCUCUUCUACCUCUUCUUCUUCCUCCUAUACUCCAAGACUCACCCGACCUUUGUCUUCUCGCCCACCGCCUUCGUCCUCCUCUUCCUCAGCUUCACAGGGCAUGAGGCGCACCCGCUGGCUGAGCUACAGCACCUCCAACAUCUGCUUCAACUCCAUCCUAGACGGAAGGUUUAGACAACUUCAAGAUGAGCGAGAGGCUGUGCAAAAGAAGACCUUCACAAAAUGGGUGAACUCCAUCCUGGCCAGAGUCAGCUGCCGGAUAUCGGACCUCUAUCUAGACCUCAGGGACGGGAGGAUGCUCAUCAAACUGCUAGAGGUUUUGUCAGGGGAGAGGCUGCCCAAGCCCACCAAAGGCCGAAUGAGGAUCCACUGUCUGGAGAACGUAGACAAGGCGCUGCAGUUUCUAAAGGAGCAAAGAGUGCAUUUGGAGAACAUGGGAUCACAUGAUAUUGUAGAUGGCAACCACCGGCUGAUUUUGGGCCUCAUCUGGACCAUCAUUCUUCGCUUUCAGAUCCAAGACAUUGUGGUAGAAACAGGACAAGCCGACCAGACAGGAAAGCAGGAGACACGCUCAGCCAAAGACGCCCUGCUCCUUUGGUGCCAGAUGAAGACUGCUGGGUACCCAAAUGUCAACAUCACCAACUUUACCACAAGCUGGAAGGAUGGCUUGGCUUUCAACGCUCUCAUUCACAAACACAGACCAGAUCUGGUGGACUAUGGCGGCCUGCAGAGAUCCAACCCAACUCACAACCUUCAGCAAGCUUUCAACGUGGCUGAACGACAGCUUGGAGUUACCAAGCUCCUGGACCCAGAAGAUGUGUUCACUGAGAACCCAGAUGAGAAGUCCAUCAUCACAUAUGUCGUUGCCUUCUACCACUAUUUCUCCAAGAUGAAAGCUCUGGCAGUUGAAGGCAAGCGAGUUGGGAAGGUGCUGGACCAUGCCAUUGAAACUGAGAAGAUGAUUGAAAAGUAUGAGACACUUUCCUCCGACCUGUUAACAUGGAUCGAACAAACCAUCAUAGUGCUGAACAACCGCAAACUGGCCAACUCUCUCAGUGGGGUCCAGCAACAACUGCAGGCCUUCAACUCCUAUCGUACUGUGGAGAAACCACCCAAAUUCCAGGAGAAGGGCAACCUGGAGGUUCUGCUGUUCACCAUCCAGAGCAGGAUGAGGGCCAACAAUCAAAGAGUUUACACCCCUAAAGAAGGUGCUCUGGUCUCAGACAUCAACAGGGCAUGGGAGAGACUGGAGCGGGCCGAGCAUGACAGAGAGCGUGUCCUGAGAGAUGAGCUCAUCAGACAAGAAAAACUAGAGCAAAUGGCCCGUCGCUUCGACAGGAAGGCCGCUAUGAGAGAGACCUGGCUGCUGGAGAACCAGAGACUGGUAUCACAGGACAAUUUUGGGUAUGAUCUGCCAGCAGUGGAAGCAGCGAAGAAGAAGCACGAUGCCAUAGAGACAGACAUUGCUGCAUAUGAAGAACGUGUGCAAGCUCUGGUGGCCUUGUCCAAAGAGCUGGAGGCUGAGAAGUACCACGAUGCUAAACGCAUCGAUGCAAGAAAAGACAACAUUCUGAGACUGUGGGACUACCUCCAGGAACUUCUGAAAGCUCGCAGGAGCCGCCUGGAGAAAAAUCUCACCCUGCAGAGGAUCUUCCAAGAGAUGCUGUAUAUCAUUAGUUGGAUGGAUGAGAUGAAGGCUCGUCUCCUGUCUCCUGACUUUGGGAAGCACUUGCUGGAGGUGGAGGAUCUUCUGCAGAAGCAUGCUUUAUUGGAGGCAGACAUCGCUGUGCAGACAGAAAGAGUCCACUCGGCAAAUGUCGCUGCUCUCAAGUUUGCAAAUGGAGACAGCUACAAACCUUGUGACCCUCAAGUUAUUCGAGAUAGGGUGCAGCACUUGGAGCUCUGCUAUCAGGAGCUGUGUGCGCUUGCCGCCCAGCGCAAGGCCCGCUUAGAACAGUCCCGUCGCCUCUGGAACUUCUUCUGGGAGAUUGCAGAACUGGAGAGCUGGAUCAGGGAGAAGGAGCACAUCUUUUCCUCUCUUGACUACGGCAAGGACCUGACCAGCGUGCUUGUGCUACAGAGUAAGCACAGUGCCUUUGAAGACGAACUGGGGGCCCGCCGUGAUCACCUAAAGCAGGUGAUGGGUGAGGGCGAGAGUAUGGUGAAGGCCAAACACUUUGGUGCCCCUAAGGUGCAGCAGCGCAUGGACGACGUACAGAGACAGUGGCAGCAGCUGGAGGAGCUGGCUGCUUUCCGUAAGCAGAACCUACAGGACACUCAGCGGUUCUUCCAGUUCCAAGGUGAUGCGGACGACCUCAAGGCCUGGCUGCUGGACGCUAUGCGGCAGAUGAGCAGCGAUGAGGUGGGACACGAUGAGUAUACCACACAGAGGCUGCUUAAGAGACAUCGCGUCCUGAGAGAUGAGGCAGCUAAGAACGGAGCUACCAUUGACACUUUGAGCAAACAGGCCAAUUCACUGCCUGAAGAGCUCAAGAACACCCCAGACAUCCAAAGGCGUCUGAAGGACAUCAAGGAUCUGUACAUGGAGCUGCUGUCUCUCUCAGACCUGCGGCAGAAAAAGCUGGAUGACACCAUGGCGCUCUACACCAUCUUCAGUGAGACGGAUGCUUGUGAGCUCUGGAUGGGUCAGAAGGAGACAUGGUUGGUGGGCCUGGAGACUCCAGAGAAGUUAGAAGAUCUGGAGGUGGUUCAGAAUAGGUUAAGCAUUCUUGCUCAGGAAAUGGGAAAUAUGCAAGCAAGAGUAGACGACGUCAACAAAGCAGCCAAACAACUAGAGGACAGCAGACACCCACGAUCAAAGGAGGUGAAGGACUGUCAGACCCGUCUCAAUAAGAGGUGGGAAGCAUUUAAGGCAAUGGUAGAAGAUAAAAAGCAUAAGGUAGAUUCAGCGGUCAGUCUUCACAACUAUGAUAUUGACUGUGAUGAGACGGGGGCAUGGAUCAAGGACAAGACACGAGUUAUUGAAUCCACACAAGAACUUGGAAAUGACCUGGCCGCAGUGAUGACCAUCCAGAGGAAGCUGUUUGGAAUGGAAAGAGACCUGGCUGCUAUUCAGGAUAAGCUAGACUUCCUGCGUGGUGAGGCCCAAAAGCUGGUGAAGGAUCACCCAGAAAAUGCUGCUGACAUCCUGGCUCGACAAGACGAGCUGGACGCAGCUUGGGACACUCUGAAGCAAACGCUAAAGGCCAGGGAGGAAUCCCUGGGUGAAGUCAGCAAGCUCCAGACCUUCUUGCAGGAUAUGGAUGACUUCCAGUCCUGGCUGUUUAAGACCCAGAAGGCCAUUGCCUCUGAGGAGAUGCCAACAAGUCUUCCAGAGGCGGAGGAGCUCCUGAGCCUCCACGAUGCAGUAAAAGGAGACAUGGAUGGUCAUGAAGAAGACUACCACCGUGUAAGAGACACCGGAGUAGUUGUAACUCAAGGCCAAGAAGACGAUCCUCAGUAUCAGCAGCUGGAGCAGAGGCUAAAGGGCCUGGACAAGGGCUGGGAUGAGCUGCACAAAAUGUGGGACAGCCGUAAGAACUUUCUGGACCAGGGUCUAGGCUUCCAGCAGUUUUCCAGAGAUGCAAAGCAAGCUGAAACCAUCCUAAACAAUCAGGAGUACACUCUAGCCCACUUGGACCUGCCUGACACUUUGGAUGGAGCGGAGAAGGCCCUCAAGAAACAUGAAGAUUUUGUUAUCACCAUUGACGCUAAUAAGGACAAAAUACAGACUACGCUGGAAGGAGGUCAGAGGCUAGUGGACAGUGAAAACCUGUACGCACCGAAAGUGAAGGACAGGAUGAACUCCAUCCAAGACAGAUGCGAGAAGAACCAAGACAAGGCAAAGGAAGUCUCAGGAAAACUCAAAGACAACCGAGACCUGCAGCACUUUCUGCAGAACACUCAGGAUCUUACUCUAUGGAUAAACGAGAAGAUGCUGACUGCUCAGGACACCUCAUACGAUGAGGCACGCAACCUCCACAGCAAAUGGCAGAAACACCAGGCCUUCAUGGCUGAGCUGGCCUCCAACAAGGACUGGCUCAACAAAAUCGAUCAGGAAGGUGAAGAGUUGAUGGAGUCCAAGCCGGAAUUUGAGCCCAUUGUGAUGGAACGUCUGGCUAAACUUCACGAACUGUGGGAUAAGCUGGAACAGACCACACAAGAAAAGGCCCGACUUCUGUUUGAUGCCAACCGCUCUGAGCUGUUUGACCAGAGCUUGGCUGAUUUGAAGAAGUGGCUUGCUAACCUGCAGCUGCAGCUCCAGGGCGACGUGGAUGAGGAGGUUAAAGAUCUCACCAGUGCCAAUAUCUUGCUCAAGAAGCAUCAGAUGACUGAGAAUCAGGUGAGGGAUCGAGCUCGGGAGCUGGAGGAGCUGCAGGAGGCCGUUCAGCAACAUGGCCCCAUCAGAGAAGAUCAGCCUGAGCUGGAGGUGGAGCAGCAGGCCCUCCAGAGAGACUUCCAGCAGCUUCUCACACCCCUGGCUCAACGCAAAGGCAAACUGGAGGCAGCGAAAUCUGUGUACCAGUUCUACAGAGACAUCGCCGAUGAAAUUCUUUGGGUUGAAGAAAGACUACCUAUGGCCAUGUCACAAGAACAUGGAAACAAUCUUCAAACAGUCCAGCUUCUCCUGAAGAAAAUGCAGACUCUUCAGAAGGAGAUUGAAGGUCACCAGCCACGUGUUGAUGAGGUACUGGAGCGCGGUCGGCGUAUGAUGGCAGCUGCAGCGGGAACUCCAGAGGCGGACCACAUGUCUGAAGAAAUGAAGAAGUUGGAGGAAGUGUGGGCACAGUUGCAGGACGAGAUGGAAAAGCGAAGGGAUCGGCUCAAUGGAUCAAAUGAAGCUCAGCAAUACUACAAUGAUGCAGAUGAAGCUGAAGCUUGGAUUGGUGAGCAGGAGCUCUACAUGAUUGCUGAUGAGAAAGCAAAGGAUGAACAGAGUGCGAUGGUCCUGCUAAAACGACACUUGAUUCUGAAGCAAACAGUGGAUGACUACGCAGACUCCGUUCAGAAGCUGGCUGACCGCGCUCAGAAGACGCUGGCUGAGGAUCAUCCUGAUGGUGAGGCGAUCAUCAGAAGGCAGGGUCAGGUGGACAAGCAGUAUGCAGGGCUUAAAGAACUGGCAGAGGAUCGCAGAAAGAACCUCGACCACACCUAUCAUCACUACCUGCUGAGCCGGGAGGUGGAGGAUCUGGAGCAGUGGAUUGCUGAGCGUGAUGUGGUGGCUUCAUCACAGGAGAUGGGCCAGGACCUUGACCAUGUCACGAUGCUGCGGGAUAAGUUCAGAGAUUUUGCGAGGGAUACGGGGACUGUGGGACAGGAGCGGGUGGAUGCUGUGAAUCAGAUCAUUGAUGAGCUGAUAGAAGGCGGCCACAGUGAAUCAGUUACUCUGGCUGAAUGGAAGGAUGGAGUCAACGAAAGCUGGGCUGAUCUCCUGGAACUCAUCGACACCCGUAACCAGCUCCUCACAUCUUCUUACGACCUUCUCAAGUACUUUGAUGAUGGGAAGGAGUUGGUGGUACAGAUCGAAGACAAACAGAAGGAGCUUCCAGAAGAUCUGGGAGAGGAUUUCAGCAAGGCAGAGUCCUUCCACCGCAUGCACGCUGCCUUUGAGAGAGACAUCAGCACCCUGGGCAAGCAGGUAAAACUGUUCCAGGAGACAGCAGCUCGUCUGUUUGCUCAGUACGCUGGGGACCAGGCUGUUGCCAUCCAGACCACAGAGAAGGAGGUGGUAGAUGCCUGGAAGGGUCUCCUUGCUGCCUGUGCUGGAAGACGGCAACAGCUGGAGGAGACGGCCAGCAAGUUCCGAUUCUACACCAUGGUUAGGGACCUUUUGGCCUGGAUGGAGAGUAUUAUCCAGCAGAUAGAAACCCAGGAGAAGCCCAGGGAUGUGUCAUCAGUAGAGCUACUGAUGAAGUAUCACCAAGGGAUCCGUGCAGAGAUUGAGACACGUGAGACCAAAUUCAAUGCUUGUGUGGAGCUGGGAAGAACUCUGUUGGUACGGAAGCACAAAGACUCAGAGGAGAUCAAAGAGAAGCUCAGGCAGCUGAUAGAGAAGAGGAAAGAAAUGAUGCUGAAGUGGGAUGACCGAUGGGAUUGGCUUAGACUGUUGUUGGAGGUGUGCCAGUUUGCUCGGGACGCAUCUGUGGCAGAGGCCUGGCUGAUAGCUCAGGAACCUUAUGUGGCCAGUAAAGACAUAGGUCAGACUGUGGAUGAGGUGGAAAAGCUCCUCAAAAGACACGAGGCCUUCGAGAAGUCCACCGCCACCUGGGAGGAGCGAUUCUCUGCACUGGAGCGCCUUACAACACUUGAGCUGCUUGAGAUCAGACAGCAGCAGCAACAAAUUCAGCAGUUUAUUCAGGAACAGGAAAAGGACAGCAGGAAGGAAGACACAGGCUUUGCAGAGGAGUCCUCACAACUUUACACAGUAGAGGAGCAGACUGUGUCUGGCAUGGCAGCAGUAGAGCCCAGCUCAGGUCAUGGGGAUGGCACUGCAGGGGAUUCGACGGUGCCCAUCAUUUCUGAAAUUCAGGACAGCGGCUCUAUGGAUCUAGACGCUUCCACGUCAGUCCAGGUCACCAAAGAGGCAGAGCGGGCUGCCACUCUGCCUGUGGAGCCUCCACGACCUCAGACGACCCUGCUGGAGGGAACUCUAGCCCGGAAACAUGAGAUGGAGGGACCUAACAAAAAGGCGUCUAACAGGUCCUGGAACAACAUCUACUGUGUGUUAAAACCUGGGCAGCUCUCGGCCUACAAGGAUGCCAAGAGCUUCGGACAUGGCGUCACUUAUCAUGGUGAAGAUCCACUGUCACUAAGCAACGCAUCAUGUGAGGUGUUGACCAGUUACAAGAAAAAGAAACAGGUCUUUAAACUCCGGCUUGGUGAUGGCAGUGAGUACCUGUUCCAGUGUAAAGAUGAGGAUGAGCUACAGACAUGGACUCAGGCCAUAGAGAAGGCAGCACAGCCUGAUGUAGAGGAUCCAGUAGCAGGACCCUCAGGGCCUCGAGCCCGGAGCCUACCACCGCAAUCCUCCUCCACCCUCCCAGAAGCCCCCUCAACCAAGAAGGACAAGGAGAAGAGGUUCAGUUUAUUCACCAAGAAGAAGUGAGGGCAGCUCAGAAGUCCAGGACCUCACAGUGGACACUCACACACACACACUCACUCAUGGGACACAGUGGGCAGAUGGGGAAAUGAAGAAAUUUAUAUUACCGUACUCCCUUUUUUUCUACAUUAUAUUAAUUUGUAUGAUUGAGAAUGACACGCUUGCUUGUAUGUACGCCACUGGACUGUUGCAAAGGUCCACCUGUGUUCUUAAUUUUUUACUUUAUUUAACCCCUAAAAUAGAGCAUAUUCACAGUGUAUCCAAAUAAAACCACCAGAAGGCUGUUAUCACACUCAACCAAAGAUUGUACAUUUUUAUUCUCAUUACCUCUUUGAUUUAUGACAUGAUCCUCCUGGCAUGCAUGCUUUUUGAAUAUUAUGUAGCGUAUUUUAAUCACAGUGAGAAGAAGCAUUUUGUCAAUUUGCCUUACUCUUCCAAAUAAUGGUUGCAAAAUGUGAUACUGUGCUCUUCGUGUUGGAACUUAGAAGUGAACAUUAGCGAGGUUUGUUGUAAAUGCUGUGUAACCAUGCAGGGGUUUAGUUGUGAGGUGUGGUUUAUACACUGUACCCUAGUGAAUAGACUUAGCACAAAUUGCAGUUAGCACAGUGGACAGUGUGCAUUUUUGUUUUGCUAAGUAUAGUCAUGAUUGUCCAUCAGGAAAGUAAUAAUAGAAUUUGGAGCGAAUUUGUGUAAUGGAUUGGCAUUAGGGGUGCACUGAUAUGGGAAUUAUUGUAUUUGAUAUACCCUGACAUGAAAAAUGUCCUGAGACAUGAAUUAACUUGGUCCAAUCCCUUUCCCCACUUACCCCUUCUUUUCGAGUGUAACCCUUCCCUUUGUAACUCUGUUAAAAUCUUUCAAGCACUCCUGAUAGCAGUGGAGCGCUAAAGUUAAGUAACCUAGCUGCUGCUGGUUAACUAGUUAACUUUAGGGCAUUUUAUGUCUUCAUAAAGUGGGGAGACAAUUAUUUUUGUCCAUUUCUUAAUUCCUCUUUGAUGGGGAGCUGAAAUUAGCUUUCAUUAGCUUUUAUUUUAUUUUAUUUUUCCAUUCAGCCUUAAAUGCUGCAGCCCCUGCCAUCUGUUGCACUAUUAAAGGUGGAAUGGGAAAGUUAGCUAGCUAGCAAGCUAGCUACUGAGACAAACUACAAGCAAUCUUUUUUAUGCUUGUUAUGAAGAAUUCACUGAAACUACACAUUAAACUCUGGUAAUAUAGUGCUAAUCCUCACUUUAACCAAGGAAAAUACUUGCUUACAGUAAUUCUCAUCUGAAAAAUCUCUAUAUGAAGGGCUUACAAGCCCUAUCCCUUCCCCUAACCUACCCCUCCAGCCUAACAAGAAUCGGGACACCCUAACCAUGCACGUACAAAACAGAGGGGUAGGGGUAAGUGGUAGGGUCAAGGGGUGAAAUGGGAUUGGGCCACUGUGUUGUGUUUCUUGAUUUUUUUGUGCUGUGAUAUCUAAACGCUGUAAUGACCUGUAGAAUUGUUUCCACAGACAAUUCUAGCCAGAUGCAGCCAGUAACGAUCAUUACCACCCACUGUGCAGUCCACUCUGGAUGAAAAUGCCUUCUAUGAUGUAUUUUCUGUAUGCACAUGACUUAAAUCUGUCCCAUUUAAUAUAUUUUAAAAUGAUAUAUUUCAAUACCAAUGUGGUUCUGGUAAUACUGUGCAUCCCUAAGUCAUAUUUAGUAAUGAAAGAGACAAAAUGUCAAAAAAGUGUACUCAACAAUUCGCAAAAGCCUCUAGUAUGCCUCAACAUAUGUUUUUUUUCUAAUGCAUGAAUGGAUGUGUUGAUUUAAUAUGGUGCUAUGUGAUUAUUGCAUAACUAUGUUUUACCUCCUUGAACCUCUCAGGCUCUUUGGUCUGUUUGGCCAGCAUUCUGCAGAAAUUUUGAGUUGUUUGUUAGUUAGUUAGCUAACUAGCAUAGCAUAAAAUACAUUUUUGCUAGCAUAAUAGCUAGCAUAAAACACCUCCUUUUUUGUUUUCAUUUCUUUUGCAAAUAUAGCCAUAUUAUAAUAUGUACAGCCAAUUAUAAUGUCCAAUCAGGGAACACACUGGUAGCCGCUGAAACAUACUAAGAAUGUUUAAGGAAAGAAUGUGUGUUGAGUGAGUAUGAAUGUAACAUGAGAGUUGGUGUUGUCAUGGCAGAGGAAAGAAAAACUUAACAUAUCUUUAUUUAAACCCUGAACAAAAGAACAUCAUUUUUAGGGAUGAACUGUUCUCAAUCAUGUAUUUGAUUAAUGUACAUUAAUCUUGUACAUGACACACACACACAUAAAUAUUUACAAAUAGUGUAAAAAAAAAUUGUGAGAAAGAUAUAAAAUGCUGGGCUCCGGACUAGCAUGGUCCCACCGUUCCGGGGAUGGUAAAAAUGGCACAUGAUACAGGAUUAAGUUCUUUCAGUACUCUUUCAGGAUUGUGAAUCUGUGUGCAGUGAACCCGGUUUUAAGCAGUUUUUGAUUGAUUGUUCGUUAAAAUAUGACUGGGAGCCAUCCUAAUGAUUAGGGCAAAGUUACGCCUUUCAACUCAAAGCCAAUCUGCUUGCUGGUAAUGCUGCAAGGAGAGAGGGGGAGAGGCAUAUAGACAAGAAAGUCCAAACAAUUGAUGAUAUUAUGGAUUUAGAAAAAUACACAAAUAAAUACAACAAUAAUGGUAUAUUGGGUAAUUGUGAUGGUUGCCAGAAAACUUCGGGACGGCCGAUAAAGAAGUUAGUCUGGAGCCCUGUAUUAUAUAAUAUUACCUGUCAUUAAUACAUAUUGUGAGCUGAACUGGCAACUGGCUGGAACAUGUUUUCUUACAUGUUUCAGAAAGUGCCCUUAGUUUACUUUAUUUUACUGCAUACCUGCUAGACACUCCCUCACUACCAUGUCCAUGUCUGUCUAAAGUAAAUUUUGACACACUAUUUAAUUUUUUGUUGUCUUUCUAGAAAAGGGAACAGUUUUUCUAUGAUAUUACAACAUGUUGUGUGUUCCAUGUCUGCAGCACUCACUUGAGAUCUGACCCUCCUUUUCUUGGACCUCCUCUCUUCUGUCAUAUUUGCAAACUCACUGCAGAACCCAUGUAUAGUAAGCUGAAGCCAAUAAUUAAGAGAGGAAACAUGCAAAAUCAAUAAACUCUUUGUUUGCA